AGAAGAUAGCCUAAAGUCAAACCAUAACCAAGCCAAUUAAUCCAAAAAUAUGGAAAUCAAUUGUUAAACCACCUAAAACGAAAAAUUGUGAAAUUUGUUAAACACUCUAAACGUGCAUUUAAUACAUAAAUAACCAUACGAAAUACGUAUAUUCAGCUCUACAAAUAAAUCCUACUUUAAAGGAAAAGCUUGUUUUACCCUUAUUUUAAGGAGCAAUACGCCACGAUUAAAUCGAUACGAAAUUUAAAAAUAAAUCAAUCAAUCUCCGCAAAUUUCCACAACCAAACACUGCCAAUGUGAACCCAUCUAUUUCAAAAAAGUAACCCGCCUAAAGAUAACGACACUCGAAAAUAACCGUUAACGAGCAUUUAAGAGGUCACAACAGUAUUCUCAACUUUAACUGUAACAGUUACUAGCGGUAACUGGGUCAGUAGGCAGAGCCGAAGUAACGCCCCCCAUCGAGGGCUUCCUCAUCCACCUUCUGCAUCCUUCUUGGCUCCCAUCCUUUCGGUGUGACCUUGGACCAUGAACUCCUCCAGCGGCGAUGACGAGGCGCCGAAGGAUCCGCGCACUGGCGGCGAGGAUUUUACGCAACAAUUUACAGAGAAUGAUUUCGAGGGACAUCGGGCCCACACCGUUUAUGUGGGCGUCCAUGUGCCAGGAGGACGACGCCACUCGCAGCGCCGCCGCAAGCAUCACCACAGUGGCCCCGGAGGUGGUGGCGGUGGCGGAGGUGGAGGCGGCUCCAUCGGCGGAUCCGGAAGUGUGGGCGGUGGUGCGGGCAAGGACAACGUCAGCGAGAAGCAACAGGAAGUGGAGCGACCAGUGACUCCGCCGGCACAGCGAGUUCAAUUCAUACUUGGCGAGGAUGUGGACGAUGGCACACACGUAUCGCAUCCCCUGUUUUCGGAAAUGGGGAUGCUGGUCAAGGAGGGCGACGAGAUCGAGUGGAAGGAGACAGCGCGAUGGAUCAAAUUCGAGGAGGAUGUGGAGGAGGGUGGCAAUCGAUGGUCGAAGCCGCACGUGGCCACGCUCUCCCUGCACUCCCUGUUCGAGCUGCGUCGCCUGCUGGUCAAUGGCAGCGUGAUGCUGGACAUGGAGGCCCAAAAUCUGGAGGUGAUGGCCGAUCUCGUGUGCGAUCACAUGGUCAGUGCGGGAACAUUGCCGCCCGGUGUAAAGGAUAAGGUCAAGGACGCGCUCCUGCGACGACAUCGGCAUCAGCACGAGUAUGCCAAAAAGACGCGACUGCCAAUUAUUCGAUCCCUGGCCGAUAUGCGCAAUCACUCGUCAUCAAAAAAGAAAAAAUCUAAUUCUAAACACUCGCGACCCGCACAAAACCUGUCAUCGAUCACAGAGGACAUGGUCAAGAGUCCCAGUAACCAGUCGAUGGCCAGGCCAGGAAGCGGAACGGAACUCAGCGAGCAGCAGCACAAGGGCAACACCCACUUCAUGAGGAAGAUACCGCCGGGCGCGGAGGCCAGCAACAUUCUCGUGGGCGAGGUUGAUUUCCUGGAGCGCACCCUGUCCUGUUUCAUCCGUCUGAGCCAGGCGGUCGUCCUGGGCGAUCUCACCGAGGUGCCAGUGCCCACAAGAUUCGUCUUCAUACUGCUUGGUCCGCCUGGCAGUCAGAGCAACUUCCACGAGAUUGGCCGCGCGAUGGCCACCCUGAUGUCCGACGAGAUCUUUCACGAGGUGGCGUACCGUGCCCGCAAGCGGGAUCAUCUGCUCUCCGGAGUGGAUGAGUUCCUCGAUGCGGUGACCGUACUGCCGCCAGGAGAAUGGGAUCCAACCAUACGAAUUGAGCCACCAGCGGCGAUUCCCUCGCAGGAAGUCAGGAAGCGGCCGCCAGAGUUGCCCAAGGAGGAGGUGGACGAGGAGGAGGAGGAAGCGCGUCUUCGCGAGGAGAACGGACUGUCCAGGACGGGAAGGCUUUUCGGAGGCCUCAUCAACGACAUCAAGAGGAAGGCGCCGUGGUACAUAAGCGAUUACAAGGACGCCCUAUCCAUGCAGUGCGUGGCAUCGUGGAUCUUUCUGUACUUCGCCUGCCUGUCGCCGAUCAUCACGUUCGGAGGACUCCUGGCGGAGGCCACUGGCAAGCACAUGGCUGCGAUGGAGUCCUUGGUCUCUGGUUUCGUUUGUGGCAUGGGCUAUGGCUUCUUUUCGGGUCAGCCGCUGACAAUUCUCGGGUCCACCGGUCCAGUCCUGGUCUUUGAGUCAAUUAUCUACGAGUUCUGUCUGAAGAUGGGCUGGGACUAUAUGACUUUCCGGUUCUGGAUCGGCAUGUGGGUCGCCGGCAUUUGCAUCGUCCUGACCGCGAUUGAUGCCAGUGCCCUCGUCUGCUACAUCACCCGCUUCACCGAGGAGAACUUCGCCACCCUGAUCGCUUUCAUCUUCAUCUACAAGGCUAUUGAGAACGUGAUGGUCAUUGGAAAGAACUUCCCGGUCAAUCAGGGCAUAUACGACUGUGUCUGUACACCGCCAAUUGGGAGCAAUGCCAGUGUGAUCGAUUAUGCCAAGUACAAUUGGGAUUCUUGUGAGUCCUACAAUGGCACCUUGGUUGGUGGAGAUUGCGGAACGCCGCCCACCGAAAACGUUUUCCUCAUGUCGGUGGUCCUCUGCGCCGGCACCUUCCUCAUCUCCACCGUGCUGAAGGAGUUCAAAAACGCCCUAUUCUUCCCAUCGAUUGUCCGCCAGUAUAUCAGCGAUUUCUCCGUUCUCAUCGCGAUUUUCGCCAUGAGUUUCUUCGACUAUUCGCUGGGAGUUCCCACCCAGAAACUGGAGGUACCCAACGAGCUGAAGCCCACGCUAAGCACCAGAGGCUGGCUCAUCCCGCCGUUCGUCGAGAAGAAUCCCUGGUGGUCGGCGAUCAUUGCCGUAUUCCCUGCCCUUCUCGGAACCAUCCUGAUCUUCAUGGACCAGCAGAUCACGGCCGUUAUUGUGAACCGAAAGGAGAACAAACUGAAGAAGGGAUGUGGCUACCAUCUGGAUCUGUUCAUUCUCUCCAUUCUGAUUGCCAUCUGCAGCAUGAUGGGUCUGCCUUGGUUCGUGGCCGCCACCGUGCUGAGCAUCAACCACGUGAACUCGCUGAAACUGGAGUCGGAGUGCUCGGCCCCUGGUGAGAAGCCACAGUUCCUGGGAGUGCGCGAGCAGCGGGUGACCCACAUCUUGAUCUUCCUGACCAUCGGCGUCUCCGUGCUGUUGACCCCGCUGCUCGGUAACAUUCCUAUGCCGGUUCUUUUCGGUGUCUUUCUGUAUAUGGGCGUGGCCUCACUCAAGGGCUUACAGUUCUUCGAUCGCAUACUGAUUAUGUUCAUGCCGGCGAAGUACCAGCCAGACUAUAUGUUCCUGCGCCAGGUUCCCAUUAAACGCGUCCACCUGUUCACCAUGAUCCAGCUGGCCUGCCUCAUAAUUCUCUGGCUGAUCAAGUCCUUCUCACAGACAUCCAUUCUGUUUCCCCUGAUGUUGGUGGUGAUGAUUGGCAUCAGAAAGGCCCUGGAUCUGGUGUUCACUCGGCGCGAGCUGAAGAUCCUGGACGACAUAAUGCCGGAGAUGACGAAGCGUGCGGCGGCGGAUGAUCUGCAUAAACUGGACGCUGAGGUGGGCUUAUUGGCGCGCAUUUUCCCCUGGGGAAAAGGCAGCCGGAGCAGGGUGGUGACCAAGCCGCCGGGCCUUGAUGAUGGAAUCGUUGGGUCUGGUGGUGCCGUUGGCGCUGGACUCAUCACUUGCACCACCUCAAAUGCAAAUGAGAAGGAGUUCGAGGCACAGAGUAGUCUGCUCAAAAAGUAGAAGCACACACCUAGACAAGCACACCAACCAACCAUUGAACACAACCACAAACACACCAACACCAACACAACGCAGCCCAAACAAAAGAGAAAUGAAAAUCCCACGGACCAGUGCUGCCCAUUUCAUUUGCGUUUGCAGUGCUGCCCAGUCCACGGCACAAAACCAACGAUAAACUCAAUUAUUUAUAGAUUUUUUUAAUAAUUUGCAUUUUGUCGGCCUUGAUACAUUUUAUUGAACUAGUUAUCUAUCCAUACGUAUGCAUUAUUCCCUGUUAUAUACGUUUUUAUCAUGUCUUUAACAGUAUUUUGUAAAUGUUUUUCCCCCCUACCCAUUAAUAAUAAUGGCAUGCAGCUACUUUGCAUUUUGUUUUUAUAUGUACGAUUUGAUUUAACUUCUUUUUGAUUCUAUGCUAAAGAAAAUCGCUUUUAAACCACCUGUAAAUGCCAAACUUACAAAAUCAAAAAAAAAAAAAAAACAAGAAAUUAUGUUGUUACUCGUAGUGCAAAAUGUGUUAUCUAUCCGAACCUACUCUAUAACUACUCGUAUACUAUAUAUACCUACACAAAUAUGAUAUUUAUAAAUGUAAAUGAAAUUCUAGCCUAAGUCAUAAUUAGUCAAUCGUUUACACCGUACAACAAGUACCUAAAUGUAUUAAAUGGAACCUGUUAUGUUAUUUUAUAGUCAUCGGGUCGAGAGUUUCAGUAACUAACCAUCGACAUGAGCCCACGCGUAAUUGUAGCAAAAAAUUGAUGUAAAAAUCCAAAAUUCAACACACAC